GUUGUGUUGCGUUGGCAAUACUGCUUGCCGUGCAGCGGGGCAUAAACGUAAGAAUUCGACAAAACGAGAAGAAAGUUGAAGUGAGCUCCUCGUGACGUCUCUUUGAUCCUGUUAUUUUUCUUACGUCAUACAGUACUGAAUACUAAUAAAAGAAAGGAAUUGUAAUGCCUGCACGAAAGAGUAUGCUUGGGAAGCGAAAAAAUAUCCCGCGACCUACUCCAAUUCAACGCCCAGUUCCAGCCAUAAAACAUCGUCUUGGAACGAGUGCAGUAAAAUGCAAACGUCCAGAACAUGUGAAUCUGUUGCGUGCUAGAUGCGAAGAAGUGUGGUCACCAUCAGAGGAAGUGCUAACGAGGAAUCAGAAGAAUAAAACUCUGGAUUUUUCAGCUAAAAAGAGAAAGGUAGAGCCAUCUGAUUAUGCACGCAGUAUCUUAAAUGCUGCAAAGGGUAAGGAGAACAGUGGUUCAAGAUUUGGACUCAACUCUGUUACAAAUAAUACUGAAAGACGUACUGCGGUUCAAUGUUCGCAGCAUACCACUCUGAAGACUGCUGUUUCCUCAAAAAGUGUCGGAACAUCUUGCUUCGGCAGUAGACUGCCGGUUCCAGAGGCGCCUCUGCUGCUAAAAUCCAACAGAUCAAAAAGGCUCGUGGGUCUCAGAAGUGACAGUCCAGCAAAAUCUAGUGAACUUGGUCAAACAUUUCCAGCAUUUGAUGCUACAAUAGCGGGAAACAGCGCAAAAUCUAAUCUUCUCAGUUGUAAUAGGUUGCUCAAAAGUCGCCUUUCAACGGAAUCUAGCAAAUUGGGUGGAAAAUUUACUGCGACUGGUCCUGUGGUGUUAGGAACUAGUGAAAUACCUAAACUUGAUUCUAACAGGCCGCCCAGGCUUGCAGGCGUUGCAAAUCACCCUUCAGCAAAAUCUACUAAAUUAGAAACAUUUCCAGCGCCUGAUUCUAAACAAACGGGAGGAAUAAAUUAUGCACGUAAAUGUCUAACUUACGGCACAUUACAGAGGUCUGCAAUUUUCAGAGACGUAUAUGCUUCGGAAUCAAACGAAUUGUCUAAAGAAUUGACAUCAGAGGUUGGAGUUAUGGGAGUCCGCGAUGAGUCCAGAUUUCGUAAAUCACAAAGGCUGGAAGGUUACGUACGUCAAGACAUGUCCAGUCGAGUUACGUCUCAGGAUGUAGGAACACACGGCUUAAGCACAUCUUUUCUAUACAAAUCUAAUAAUUUACAAGGAGUCGAGAGAUUCGCUUCUCAGAAUAACAUAGAAUCUGACAUAUCUGGUGUAGGGUUGGUUCAUAAUUAUGGGGAAGUGGAAACAAAAGAUGCAUCCAUACUUACACGUGAUCAGUUACAGAGUCGUGAAAGUCAUACGCAACUGCGCGGAACAGAUGAGAUUCAUCAUGUGACAGGAAAGACUUCAGCUGCAGAGACAUCUACAGUUUUCAUGUCUAAAUUACCAAAAGUUGUUACAACAUUUGUAAAUGAGGUCAUGAAAUCACGUAAGGGAGUUAGUAACGCUGCAUCGUUGUGUUAUCCGACAACAAAUAAGCGUGGCGUGUCAUUCCAAGGGUCUCUUCUCAUGAGAGAAGACGCACCUAGCAAAUUAGUUGCAAGGGAACAUGAAGAAACUAUUGCUAAUUCAGGGAAAUCAAAAUUGUCUCCUUUUACCAAAAGAAUGUAUCCUGCUUCACAUACAUUUACAAGUUUCACAAACCCAGAAAUGAUUAAUAAUGCAGCUGUAAUUCCCUCUAAGGAACAUGAUAAUAUAUCGGCUUCUUAUAUUAGGAGGAGGACCACAGAAUGUUCUUUGCCAAAAUUUUCACAGCCUGUAAAAUUCUCUUAUAUUGGUACUUCCAUCGAUAAGAGCGCGAUAGCGAGUGGUACUAAAAGAAAAAGAUCUACAGAGAAAUCCAUAGAUCGUCAUGUUUGUAUACCUUCACAGAGCCCUUUUAAUCAGCAAAACUGCGGAGAACCUGACCAAGCUCUUACAAAACCCAGUCUGCUACGUAACUCGACUGAUUCGAGGCUUUCAGAAAAGUCGUCACAAACAGAUUUAAUUUUGCAAAAGGACGCAAUUGUGCAGACUGACGGUUCGGGUUGUGUAAGGUCAGCUAUAGAAAAAUUAGUUGGUCUGUUCGAAAAACAAGAAGGAGAAAUACAGGAAGUUCUUAGACAGGCAAAUGUUAUACGUGAUGAGACGAUAAAAAUCUUAAAAAUGUUUGGCAAUGAGGAGGAAGAUAAGAUAAACAAUGACGGCACCGGAAGAGAAAAUCACGUUCCUGAUGGAAGUCUGGCUCGUACUUACAAUGAUCCAGACAUUUCUUCGAGAAGUUCCAUCUCAGCAACGCCGUUGAGGCGUUCCGCAAGAAUCGCCGCCCAGAUGCCCGGCGCAGUCGAUGCCGAGACCAGAUCUGUACCGGCCACGCCUACGCGAUUUGAACCCGAUGAAGGUGUUGAUCGUCCAAGUGCAGGUUCUCGUUCGAGAUGCUCGGCAGUGAAGCCGAGUAAGUCGACAUCUGUUUAUAGAGAUCUGCGUUCCAGCUUUCGUUUUCUGAAAACUCCUCAGAGUACAAGGUGUUCUCGCGCGAGAACUCCAAAAAAUACGCCCACUCGAAUUUUGUCCCGGCGUUUGCAAGAUCAGAUAUCGUCUCUGUAUAAUUGAAAGGCGUGAUUAUUAUUAGUGUUAUAGAAUUUUGGAACUUGGUGCAAUAAAAAUUUAGCUUCCUUCAUGUAAUUUGUAUGAAGGCUGUAAGAACAAUUGAAAAAAAAUUUGUAGUAAUUUCUUUCUCUUCGUUACUAGUACCUGAGUGGCGAAUCAUCGAUCAAGACGGUUAAAUAUUUCCCUCUGUAAUUUCUCAUAAAUUCUGAGUGAAUGGCAGAAUGAAUUCUGUAAAUGUUUCAGUACACAUUUUGGUCGCAUAUUAAUUAUGAUUGAUGUGAUAUUGGUUGUAUUAUUUUUAUAUUUUUGCAAGUGUGCAAGUUUCAUGUUCCGAAGUUCACAGUGAGAAAAAUCAAAUUUUAAAUUGUUUCACGUCGUUGGCCAGUGACUUCUUGAACUGUUGUUAUGUUCCCUACAAAACUUCAUGAAAUGAGGGUGUGUGAAACUAUAAAAGUAACAAUACUUAUUAGUUAUUAUUAAUUUUAAGUGCUCAGCAAUGGUACUUCGACCGGGAGAGCUCGUAUUGAAGUUUUCUCGUCUGUCGUUACGGGUUUGCACUUCGUCAAAAGUUUGAAAGUACCUGAAUGCAAUCUUCAUAUUUGACGUCAAUUUAUCCGAGUACCACUUUCGGUAGAGCGUACUUACAGCCAACAUUUUUGCGCCAGGGGAAAGAAUCAGAACACAUUCGGGAGUUUAAAAUUUGGGGUACUACAACGAAGAAAACAUCUGCUACUUCAAAUUCUGGACUGGUCAUUACGCUAUUUAUGGUGAUUAUUGGAUUUA